UGACAGUCCUCUGGGUCACAGCGUGGCUGAGGAUCUGAAUUGCUUGGAGUGGCACUGGCAGAACCCAUCUGUAACCUCUCUCUUGCUGAGCAAUCAAUGAGUUUGGAAGCACUGCCAACUCAGUACAAUUAGGUCUGUUGGGAGAUGGCGUCCAAAAUUCAGCUUUUCAGUCUCUGAUGAAAUUGGGACCCCUUCCCUCAUGUGAAAGAACCAUGACAGAAAUUGCAGUUUGCACGGGGGCUGUCCAUGCUGUAAAGGAAGUGUGGGAAACCAGGAUCAAGAAGCAAACUGAAGAUCUGAAGAGAGAAAAAGAAUUUCAGCAGAAGCUAGUGCGAAUCUGGGAAGAAAGAGUAAGCUUAACCAAGCUGAAGGAAAAAGUCAUCAGGGAAGAUGGAAGGGUCAUUUUAAAGAUAGAAAAAGAAGAAUGGAAGACCCUUCCUUCUUCUCUACUAAAACUGAAUAAUCUGCAGGAGUCGCUUCAUAGAACGGGCUUAGUAAAAAUUCCUGAAUUCAUUGGACGAUUCCAGAACCUCAUUGUAUUGGAUUUAUCCCGAAACGCAAUUUCAGAGAUACCUCGAGGAAUUGGACUGCUGACAAGGCUUGAGGAACUGAUUCUCAGUUACAACAAAAUCAAGACUGUUCCUAAGGAGCUGAGUAACUGUGCCAGCUUAGAGAAACUGGAACUUGCUGUCAACAGAGAUAUUUGUGACCUUCCACAGGAGCUCAGCAGUCUGUUGAAGCUCAUUCACCUUGAUCUGAGUAUGAACCAGUUUACAACAAUCCCUUCAGCUGUGCUGCACAUGCCUGCCCUUGAGUGGCUGGACAUGGGAAGCAACAGACUCAAAACACUUCCUGACUCUAUAGACAGAAUGGAAAACCUACAUACAUUAUGGCUCCAGCGGAAUGACAUUGCAUGUUUGCCAGAAACCAUCAUCAACCUAAAGAACUUGGGAACUUUGGUUCUCAGCAACAACCAAUUGCAAGAUAUUCCAGAAUGCAUGGAACGAAUGACAAAUCUCAGGUUUGUCAACUUCAGGGAUAACCCAUUAAAACUGGAAGUCACACUUCCUCCCUGUGAAAAUGCGGAUGAAGAGGAGGAAAAGGAAUUAUUUGGCAUUCAAUUUAUGCACACAUAUAUUCAGGAGUCCCGUAGGAGAACAGAAAACAAAGAAAAUUGUCCAACUGCUUUGCCAGACUCUAUAAAUAAUGAUGAAUAAAAUACCUCAAGAUGACCUACUGAAGAGGAUU